AUGGUCAGAUUCACUUUUUCACUUUUACUCAUUGGAAUCGUUUCCUUUGCUGGAGCUGAUUUUGUCGUUGAAUCAAGCAACAAAGGAUUUGUACCAUCCUCUGAACUUCGUAGCAUUUAUAAACAAAAAACUACAUCUAAAUCUGAUGGACAUCAUAAAGCAGAGGUUUAUUUUAAAACCAAAGUACCAUCAUUCAACCCCGAUCAAAGCGGAGUGGUAACUAAUAUUAAAUGUGGUAAAGAUAAAAUCACUCUCAGUUUGAAUGAUGAGAAAUCGAUAGAACAAGUUAAAAAUUGGCCCGAUAAAGUCAUGUUAUUGGUUUCGCAUAAAUGGGAAUGUUUUGGCAAAUCCAGCACACAAUAUUUUAUGGUUGGAAACAAGACAGUUGACGCUCCUAAAAAAAGAGUAAGCUUUACAUCAGAGAGUUGCGACCCUUUAGAAUGGUCCAAUGAAUUUCUUGUAGAAGUUUCAUGGGAAAAUGGUAAAACGAACAAACGUAGAGACCGUCGUGGCUUAAAUAAGAGAGGUAGAUUAAAUCGUCGUCAAGAUGAAGAUAAGGGCAAACUUCCGAUUGACAUUAGUCAAAAAUUAGAUUUAAAUCUUUUAUUUGAUGAAAAAACUGGAAAAACAUCAAAGCCAAACAUUCCACUCGUUGAAGUAGGACAGGAGAAUACGAGUGAAUCAUUAGUUUGUGCAAAUUGCUUUAUGAGUGGUGAAGCUACCAUUUCAAUGAGGAUCGCGGGUAAAGUCGAUGAAAAGGUUGAAAUAAACGAAGCCUCGAUUUCUCUUAACGGAAAUAUUAAAAUGAAUUUUGACCUUUCUCUUGAUGGUAAACUUGGAACCGUCAUUUCUUCACCUGAUCUUCAACUCCUCAACCUUCCUUUGACCCCCAUCGGUGUACCAAACACUUUUAAUAUUGGACCUUCAUUGAUCCUUACUGCUUCGGCUAAGAUAUCGGCUGAUGUGACGGGAACCAUUUCAACUGGAAGUGAAAUAAAUUUACCAAAUUUUAACGUUAAGGCCACACUUAUCGACGAUCCAAAAAUCGAAAAAUCCGGAUUUGAACCUGAAACCAAAUCACAUGAUCCAUCGGUUGGUGUCACCGGUUCAACUGACAUUACUAGUUCAUUAAAACCGCAAUUGGCUUUAAAUAUAGAUGUGCUUAAUGGGGCCUUUAUUGUUAAAACUGGAAUUCAAUUAGUUACAACUCUUGGUACAACAAUUUCGGUUGGAAAAGAAAGUGGAUGUAAAGGAAAGACUCAACCACACAUCGAAACUACCCUCGGAGGUAAUGUUGGCUUCUUUGUACAAGAUAAAAAUCUUCCCUUGCGGUUGGAUCAUGUUAUAGUGAACAUCGUGCAACGUUCAUUGUAA